GUCCUCCUCCCGAUAGUGGUCACGUGCCGUGUUUCUGGCUGUGCAGCGCACGGGCUUGUUUGUCCCUUGUGGUGAGCCGUACAGGAGGCGUCGUUGUGUGUUUUGGGCCGGGAGGCAGGCCAGUGUUGUGUAUACUGGGGACGCCGUGUACAGCGGCUCUCGCGUCGUGGCCGGCAGCGCUCGUUCAAUGUCUUCUCCCCUGUCAGGAGCUUAUGUGUAACGCGGGACAGCCAUUCCCGAAGUGGCCGCUCUCUCAGAGCAUGUAUGAGCCGUACUCUUCCGCUGUGCUCCGGCCUCCAGCCAGCCUCGGCUACUAAGCUGUGCUGCUGGUGUAUGGGCCUGCUCCCUCAGCCGCUCCAUGGCCUUGUAGCCGGUGGUCCCUGGUGUGUAUCCGGUGCCUGCUCUUACUAUGACAGGGGGACACCACUUAGCUUGCUCUUUCGAGAAACCAGUCAUGUCACAAACAUAUUAACAAAAUAUGUGGAGCUUUAGUCAGAUUAAAUCCUGCUAGAUCACUUCAGGCUGUGCCCCCUUUUGCAGGAUAUCCUGAGGUUCAAAAUGGAAAAUGACAGCAAAUAAAAAGAGUCUUUGCAGAAAGGGUAAUUUUUCCGACUGGUCUACAUCAUGGUCUUUAUGGGGAAGCUCAAGUGGUUUUAUCUUUAAACGACACAAUGCUUCUUUACCCAAAAAGUCAACUAGUAAAACUGCUAGGACAUUAAAAACAGUCAGCAAAUGUCAGCAUAUUGGAAGCAGCCUUGUUAAACAAGUGAAGAAAAGAAAGAUUGCACAUCAAACCUCUACAUCAAAGUGUGUGAAAAAUAGCAGCAAUAGUGGAAAGGUAGAGCCUGAUAUAAAAAAGAAGGUUGCAGAGCACAUUUCUUCUGCAAAAGGCUUGAAAAGGAUCUCCAACAACUCAAAACUUGAAUGCAAUAGGAAAUACCCUCAGUGUUCAUCAAACACUGGAGCUCAGACUGGCCCAUUAGUGAAAACCAAAAAGCAAGUAAAAAAAGUUUUAAUUAUUACACCUGAUUCUGGCAACGCUGCUUUCUCUACAACAAAAAAGAACAGUAAAAGGUUUCAGACGAAGGUGGAAUGUCCCUGCGCCCGUGUAACUAAGGAGCACAACAAAAGUCAAGUGUUAAAGAAAAAAUCAUUUGGAAUUUUAUGGUUGCGGAAAUGCUGUAAUUUGCUUAUGAUGCCUAGAAAAUCAUCUCCGUUUACAGGCCGUAUCGGAUUACAUUCUCGUAAGCUUGGUGCAAGAAAAAGCCUUAAAAUAUUAGGUUUGUGGCUGUGGUUUUGCAAACGAUUUUGGAAGUGCCGUAAAAAUCUAAACAGUAACUUUGAGAAAUUAAUUUCAUAUUUAAAGCUUAAGAUUCGACGACCUAUUAAGGUGGUAAGUAGGGCAUACGAUAUGAACAAUAACACAUCAGGAAUUUUAUGCGAAAUACAACCACGCACAACCAACACUUGCCUACGAGAUGAGACUGUUAAGCUACAGAGAGUGGACAGUGAGACUCAAUUUUCAAAUGUGGCAGCAAACAGAUCGAUAGCAAGAGACAACCAGCAGCCGGCCCUCUGCAUAGGUGCUCAGUGGGGUUCUGAGGACACUUUGCAAAAGAAAUUGAUUGACGUUCCUGGUAUUAAUAGUUAUCCUGAUGAUAUGUGUUUGCUUUUAACAGAAAAAGAGGUAUCUAUAUCUUCCCAGGAUGAAGGAGAUGCACAGGGAGAUCAGGAUGAAGAGACAAUGCUCCUGGCUCCUGAUAAAAUAAAGCCAUGUACAAGUGAAACGGUUGACUUUCAGUACAAUACAGAAGGAAUGGAAAAUGGAGAUGAUCCCUGUCCCAUGGAAGUGGAUGAGAACAGCAGUUCGGAUGUAUUUAACACAAAGCUACUAGACCACCCUUACUGUAAAAGUCCUUUGCAAGAGACUUUACUUGACGAGGAAUUAGACAUUGCAGAAAAACAGGGCUUAAAGAAUGGCCAUAAAAUAAUCAGUAAUGUCACUGAUGAUCAACUGGUGUCCUCGAUUUGUGGUCUUCUAAAUGAGACUGUGAAGAAAUAUGGUAGUUUAAUCCCAUUGUCUGAGAAAGAUGUUCUGACUCGAUUAAAGGAAGUCUUCAAUGAGGACCUUUCCUACAGGGCUUCCUUCAUCAACAAAGAAAUAUCAAAAUACAGAGCCAAGCAUUCCAAGACUACUGCGUGCAGUUUCCGUGUCUUAUACAAUAAACAUGUGCUUGAUAUGGAUGACCUCACUACCCUCGAUGGACAAAAUUGGAUCAAUGAUCAGGUUAUUAAUAUGUAUGGUGAGCUAAUCAUGGAUGCUGUUCCAGACAAGGUUCAUUUCUUAAACAGUUUCUUUCACCGGCAACUUAUGACCAAAGGUUAUAAUGGUGUAAAAAGAUGGACUAAAAAGGUGGAUGUGUUCAAAAAAAUCUUGUUGUUAAUUCCAAUUCACCUAGAGGUUCACUGGUCUCUCAUUACUGUGAAUAUACCCAAAAAGCUAAUUUCCUUCUAUGAUUCCCAAGGCAUACAUUUUAAAUUCUGUGUAGAGAAUAUUCGCAAAUACCUAAUUACAGAAGCCAAGGAGAAAAGUUACCCAGAGUUUCUUGAUGGAUGGCAGACUGCUGUUACCAAGUGCAUUCCACAACAAAAGAAUGACAGUGACUGUGGAGUUUUUGUCCUUCAGUAUUGCAAGUGCCUCGCUCUUGAACAGCCUUUCCAGUUCUCCCAAGAAGACAUGCCUCGUGUGCGGAAGCGGAUAUACAAAGAACUUUGCGAAUGCAAACUUAUGGAUUAAACAUCAAAGCUGCUCUUCUUUCUUGACCUUUUGGAAAAGUUCAAGCUCUACUUGAAUUACUGAAUACUUCCACAACUUUAAAACCAUGAUUUUAGAAGGGUGGAUAACCCUCCAUCGUUACCUCAGAUGUUUAAUUUUCUUGGGACAUUAAAAUGGUCAGCAUCACAUAGCUGACGCUGAAAUAUUUGUGGCUUCAGUUUGUUUUGUGUAUUUAAUAUUUAUUAUGUAAGCAUGAAAAUAUGCAGACGCAUGCAGCAGUAAAACAGAACUGUAGUUUCAAUGCACCUUUUGACUUGUAGAUAAGUUACAAAGAAAGUUUUAAUUUUAACGAAAUGUAUAAAAUUAGCAGGUACAUUUUCCUGUAAGCUCAAAAAUCUGUAUUUACUUGUAAAUGUUAUUCCUGUGGAAAAAAAAUAUCAUGCAUUACAUAUAUUUUGACUAGACCUGUUAUAUUUACAUUUUGUUCCAUCUUUUAUAGAUAUUUGCAACACUUGUUUGCAAACAUGUAUUUUAAGAGUUUUUUUCUUCUGCCUUAUCCAUAGUGCUCUUUCAGUUUAUUUUUGUGUGACUAAAUCUAAUUUUCAUAUUUUUUCCCUAUCAAUGUUAAUACAGAUUAAAACAGGAUCUGCAGGAA